UUAGCAUUACUCUCCAACAGCGCAAGGUAGCUGAUUUAGCUUAAGGUAGCACGGUCCUCUGAUGUUUUUUAGGGAGUAACUGUCUCACAUAUAUAAUAACAACACUAGUCUUUUUAAUGUCACUGAGUGCUAAAUGACAUGUCAAUAGCCAUCCUCUGUCUGCAAGCUCAAUGAAAGGGGAGUUAGCAUAGCAGCUAGUAGGGUGAAUACAAGGUCUUCAAUGAUGUCCUGCAGCAUAGCAGCUAGUACGAACCACGCUCAAUACAAGGGUUGGCCGAGCGACUGCUGUUCCCGUGCUCAAGUUCCACACCAAUGCUUCUCCAUUGAUGGGUGCUACCGUGGAGCAGUUUAACCUGGCCAAGAGCCAGCUGGCCACCCUUAAGAAUGACCCAGGCAAUAUGGCCAAACUACAAAUCUAUGCUCUCUUCAAACAGUCCACUGAAGGACAGUGCACCUCGUCGAAACCCGGGAUGCUAGAUUUUGUCAAAAAAGCUAAAUGGGACGCAUGGAAGUCACUUGGAUCCAUAUCUCAGGAAGAAGCCAGGCAGAAGUACUGUGACCUGAUUGGCUCCCUGGUGACGGAGGAAGGAGGGUCCGCUCAGGUGGUGGCACAGGCUGCUGGCAGCGGCCCCACAUAUAAAGAUCUGGUGGUGACAACUGAAGAUAAGAUCACCACCAUUAUGCUCAACAGGCCCGCCAAGAAGAACGCCAUCACCACAGAGUUGUACACUGAUAUCAUCUCUGCCCUGGACCAAGCAGCAAAGGACAGCUCUGUGCUCACAGUCAUUACCGGUGCUGGGGACUUUUACUGCAGUGGGAAUGACCUGUCUAACUUCACCAAGAUCCCAGAAGGUGGAAUUGAUGCGUUGGCGAAAAAAAGUGGGGAUCUGCUGAGGAACUACAUCAAUGCUUACAUAGACUUUCCGAAACCUCUGGUUGCCGUGGUGAACGGGCCAGCUGUCGGCGUAUCGGUCACAGUGCUGGCGCUGUUUGAUCUGGUGUACGCCACAGAUAGGGCAACCUUCCACACUCCCUUCAGCAAGCUGGGUCAGAGUCCAGAGGGCUGCUCCUCAUACACCUUCCCCCUGAUUAUGGGGCCCUCCAAGGCCAGUGAGAUGCUGCUGUUCAACAAGAAGCUGACGGCGGCCCAGGCCUGCGACCAGGGUCUGGUCACUGAGGUGUUCCCUGACGCCUCCUUCCAGACGGAGGUGUGGAACAGACUCAAGGCCUACGCCCAGCUGCCUCCCAACUCCCUGGCGCUGUCCAAGCAGCUGGUCCGCUCGGCGGAGCUGGAGCGGCUGCACGCGGCCAACGACGCCGAGGUGGCGAGGCUGGUGGAGCGCUGGCAGUCCGACGAGUGCAUGGCCGCCAUCAUGGGCUUCUUCCAGGGCAAGGCCAAGUUGUAGAGACGGGGAGGAGGGGGGGUUGGUGGCGGUAUAUAAUGGUCGCCUUUUCAGACCAAGGUAGAGAAAGUGCCAUGAGCAACCAUGAGGCAACGUCUAGAUGCUCGAGGGGGAGAGAUUGGGUUAGAAGACAGAUAAAUAAAAAAUUAUUUAGGCUGUUUGAUAUAUAUAUAAUAUAUAUAAUUGUUGAGUUUUAAUUGUUCCGGAAUUAGACCAUGGACCAGCUUCUUACACACACACACACACACA